GGUAGAAUCCUAAUUCCCCGGUUGGUCCCUCUUGUCACUGACUUUCUCUCUCCUCACUCACUCUCAAUUCUCAAAUUUCACUCUCAAAAUACCAGUCCCCAGUCUCUCUCUCUCCAGCGCUGAAGCUUUCAGACACACCUUUGUUGCUGUGCAUUGCAGUUCCCUCUGAUUCUUUCCCGCAAUAACUGCGGACCGCAUUUUUGUACUCAUGACGAUUAACCACCACCACCUCCUCUUUUCUUCCACAUCUUUCCACUCCGCUUUUCAGUUCAGAGGUGAGUGAGAUUUGCGUGCCUGAGGUGUAUUUUGUUGGAAUCAAAGUUUGUUAGGGAUUUGUGAUUAGAGAGAGAGAGAAAGAGAGAAGGGAGGAGAGAGAAAGGUGAAAAUGGAAGGAAGGAUGAAGAAGUAUAGGCAAGUGAGUCCGGAAAGAGCGAAAGUAUGGAAGGAGAGAUCUCCGAAGUAUGUACAGAACCGUAAAGUGCCGGUUGUUUACUAUCUGUGUCGAAAUCGGCAGCUUGAGCAUCCUCAUUUCAUUGAGGUUCCUAUCUCCUCUCCCGAGGGUCUCUAUUUGAGAGAUGUGAUUGAGAGGCUUAACAUUUUGAGAGGGAGGGGCAUGGCUUCAAUGUACUCAUGGUCUUCUAAAAGAAGCUACAAGAGCGGGUUUGUGUGGCAUGAUCUCUGUGAAGAUGAUCUCAUACUUCCGGCUCACGGAGAUGAGUAUAUUCUCAAGGGUUCUGAGGUUAUUGAAGAUUCAAAUUCAAACUCAGAUCGUUUUAGCCCGGUAGCUGUUUACAGGAUGCACAACUUAAAACAAUUGCCAGAACCGCCUAGUUGUAGAAGCCAAGAGGAUACAUCCCCUUCAAUGAGCACAGAUGACAAAGAAAUAAAGCAUCCUAGUGAAGAUGAGAUAUCCCCUCCAUCUCAACGUUCAGGUUCCUCGGCUGUUUCCCCUGAGUCCAGAGCAGGAAGCCACUCUCCAUGGGGUACUUCCUUAAGUUUGACGGAAUACAAGGUACCCAAGAGUGAUUGUGCUACUGAUGCUUCAACUCAAACCGAGGAAAAUCUGAGACUAGUUAAACAGAAAGAAACCUGUACUCGAGGUGUAUCUACAGAGGAUGAGACUUUAGAUGGUGAACACCACGAGGACACCCAGACUCAUGCUAAUAGUACAGAACAGAAUUCAGAGAUACGUGAAAAAUCUGUUUCUCCACCAACUUCCUCAAGUGCAUCUUCAUCUGGUGAGAAGGCUGAAACGUUGGAAUCUUUAAUUAGGUCUGAUUUGAGUAAAAUUAAUAUCUUAAAAAAACAUGAAGAGGAAGACAUGCCAUGUGGCAACAAAAUGAAAGCAUCUACCAUGUUGAUGCAGCUGAUUUCUUGUGGGUCAAUAUCAGUGAAAGAUCAUAGUUUUGGGCUGAUACCUAUAUACCGACCAAGAUUUUCUGGUUCAAAAUUUCCCUCUUCUCUAUACUCCACUUCGGUGAUGCUAGGUGAGCUUGAUUGCUUGUCAGACAACUCAAGAUUAAUGGGUCUCAGAUUGGAAGAUAAGGAGUACUUCAGUGGAAGCUUGGUCGAGACUAAAUUGCCAAAGGAACAAGUGGAUGGGCGUACUCUCAAACGAUCUUCUUCAUAUAACGCUGACAGAUCUUCUAAGAAACUGGAUGCAGUUGAUAAUAAUGGAGAGGCAACCUCCACAAAGACUAAAUGCAUUCCAAGGUCCAUCAAACCCUCUAUAAGCAAGCCAAAAACUGAAUCAUUGAGAUCGCCCAUUUCAGAUAAACCUAGGGUGUCCAGUGAAUCACGUAUUAUAUCUCAUGAUACGUCAAAUGGUAGCAGUAAAAGGAUAUCAGAGCCUUCCUCUGGGAAGAAUCCGUCGACAAGAGUAAAUUCCUUCAGAGAAGAGAAGAUCUUUAAAAUCGAAGAAAGGCUGUCUUCAGGAGCUCGGGUUAUAAUCCAAUCCAAAGAGAGCUAAUGUCGCCUGCAGUAAGACUGUAAGUCCUCGCCUUCCCGGACAAUCAAGAUAGUUUACUUAGAUUUGAAUGACCGCCAGUAGAUUGCUGGCGGGACAAUUAGAGGAUUCUGUAAAAAUGAGAAACAUGGAGGGAAAUUCCAUCCUUUGAGAUUGGGGUUGAGGGUGUGGUAAAGUACAGUGAGGUGGUCCUUCUGCUUUGAAGCAUAGAGCUGUUUUUCAAAUGUUUAGGUGCCUUCAAGAUGUAAGAGUAUUAUAGUUGUGCAGUGAAAGUACCAUUCUAAUUUAUCUGCAACUGCUGUCUUGUUGUCCUAUGUCUCACAAAUACGGAGUAGUUUAGCUUGUAACAGCAAAAAAUAUGGACAACCAGUAUCUUGUCCAUUUGUUAAAUUCUUUUGUCAAAGAAAAAGAAAGUUUUGUUUUUUCUUUUGA